UUAAUGGUGAGUUUUAUGACAGAAGAGCAAAGAAAAUAGUGCAUGUGAUUCACAAGGACGAAUAAAAGGCACAGGUUACACUCUUUCUCCAGGACUAAGACCUAGUCACAGACAGGCUGGGAGCAGCACAACAGGAAGUUCACAGAAAGCUGAGAGGAGUCAUAAAAGAGAAAGUGAAAAUCCGUUCUGCUGCAGCGGGUUUCAAAUCAAACAUUAGUUCCAGUGUGAGGCCGGCUGAUAAAGAGAUGUGGCGUGGAGCAACAGCACUGGUCUUCUCAGUUCUCAAUGGGUGCACAGCUCAGGCAUGAAAAGUGAGCGAUGAGCAGUGGCGAGCGGAGCGACGGCGAUGGCGCAGGACUCGGACAGCAGUGACUCUGGCUACAGCCGUUACCGACCGGCAUCCGGCAAACAGGAGAACAUUGAAGAGACAAAGAAAGUUCUGAGGCGGGAGAAGAAUCGCCUGGCAGCCCAGAAAAGCCGACAGCGGCAGACCCUUAAGGCUGACACUCUGCACCAGGAGAGCGAGCAUUUGGAGAGAGAAAACGUGGCGCUGAGGAAGGAGAUUGCUCUGCUGAACGAGGAGCUCAACUACUUCAGCUCAGUGCUGAAGAGCCACGAAAGCCUGUGUCCAGCACUGAACUCGUCGAGUGAGGAGAUACCUUUUGCCCCACACAGCUUGCCACAAUCCCACUGCAGCACACCAGCACGUCUCCACCUCUGAGAUGGGUUUGGACUGACAGCAAAGGGUCUCGCUGUACCCUGCUCUGGAACUCAGCCUGUCUGUCCUCACCACUGGAUAGGGCAAGAGUGAGAGAGGAACUGGACAGAGGAGUCGGAAGAAGCCUUAACCUUCACGGACUAAGUAUCGGCAAGCUGCUACCGUUUGGAUAGCCACGGGCACUACAAGCAGGGGGUCUCAGCUCUCAGGACCACAACACACCUAUUUAUUGCAGACCUUGUGUGGUUCCAUGGGAGGGGUGCUGUGUACUCGUGAUCCACCCUUCGUUUACCUGCAUGGACACAGGACCAAAACCUUUUCUGCAGAUGCUGGAAA